AUGAAUCAAAUGAACGUGGCUGGGAUGAAUCCCGGUGCAGGCGGUCCUGUGGGAGGUGUCCCAAUGAUCAACAAUGGUUCUGCGGCCCCACGCAACGAUGCAACCAUUCACACUAUUCCUGAGAGCACAGUCGGCAAUCUUAACACAUUUAUCUACGACUACUUUCUGAAACGCGGCUACUAUGAGUGUGCUAGAGCGCUUGUGAAGGAUGAAUCCGUUAAACUCAAUACUGAACCCCCCAUUAAGUCGAGUCCCGGUCAUCGUCGCGAUGGUGAUGUGAAUGGGGUUGAUGGGGAUGUGAUGAUGACUGAUGGCAAGGACGGGGAGAAAAAGAUUCCUGAUGAUCUUCCUCGCCCCCACAUCUCGAGCGAAGGUCAACAGUCCUCUUUCCUUCUGGAGUGGUUCAGUCUGUUCUGGGAAUUCUUCUGGGCCCAGCGCAAGAAGGGUAACAGUGCUGAUGUGCGCCAAUACCUCAAUCAUACCCAGAACAUUAUGCGCCUCAGAGAGCAACACCAGAACCAACUAUUACGGCAGCAGCCGCUGAUGACUGGCCAGAUGGGACAAAUGAACAUCCGCCGGAAUGGCAUGGUUCCCCAACCGCUUCAGAAGACCGCUCUGCAGAACAACACCCCAGGCCUGACUCAACAACAAUUGCAACAACUCCAAAAGAAUCAGCAUCAACAACUCCAGAUGAUGCAGAUGACUCGGGAGCACUCCGACAUUGACAUGAACGGCCAUCGCCCACAAUCCCCAUCAUCCGCAGAAAACGCCCCAUCCCCCUCGAAGCGGCCUCGUCUCGAAAGCGGCCUAAUGAAUAGCCAGCAGUUGGCACCCAACGGACGCGCUCAAGUUCAGGGCAUGCCAGGUCAACCGAACCCCCAGGCCGCUCUCUUGAUGCAGAAUGGACUCAACCGGGCGAUGAACCCCAACCAAUUCCAGGCUUUCCCGCAGUCAGGACCUGCUGCGCAGCAGAAAUCUAUCCAGGUAUAUGCUCAGAACUUGGCCAUUCAUCACUCACGCUCAGCAAUGAAUAACCAGGGUAUGCCGAAUGGUAUGAUGAACCCCGGUGUCAUGCAAAACCAGACGGAUAUGGUGUCCAUGCCAGAUGGCCAGGUGUAUCCCAUGAACGGCGACUACUAUGGCGCGAAUGGUCAAAUGGCCCAGGUCCGGAACGGGAUGCAGACACCUGGCGGUCAGCCCGGAAACCAUGCUCUUCAAGAUUAUCAAAUGCAACUUAUGCUGCUUGAACAGCAGAAUAAGAGACGUUUGAUGAUGGCUCGUCAAGAGCAGGACAGCAUGGCCCGUCCUGACGGCCAGCCCCCGCUGCCUGGGCAGCCGGGCCUACAACCAGGCACCUCUCCCCAAGGCAGCAGGGCGGGCACGUCGCCAAAUCCCAACGAACAAAUGAAGCGGGGUACGCCUAAAAUGCCCCAGACCGGUCUUCCUGGCUCCCCGAGUGCCGGUGAUGCGAUGGCCCAGGGUCGUGGAUCUCCCGCCUCCAUGAAUUUCGGUAACCAGAUCCCCCCUGAGAUGGCCGGCCAAUUCUUCGUCAAGGGAAUACCUGAUGGUAUGACCGCUCCCAACGGUAUGCGACCCCCGAGCUCCAAUCCGGCGUUUAGUGCUCCUCAAAUGGGUCAACCUCUUGCCGCUGGUGCUGGAAAUCGGGUACCUAGUGGAGGUUGGCAGCCUCAGCAGGGCGCCCAACAGCCUAUGGGUCCACAACAGUCUCCUGCAAAUCAACCCCAGUCGACUGGUACGCCGCAGGAACGAAACGCGAUGCCACCUCCCCAGGCCCCUCCUGCAGCCGGUGCCAACACUGGCCGCACUCAGCCACCCUCUCCCCAGACGGCCGCAGCCGCCCCACCGACACCUCAGCAGGCGAACAAACCUGCCCCGAAAAAGAAGGAUACCAAGGACACUCGCAAGCGGCCUUCGAAGAAAGCAACUACUGCUGCCGCAGCGGCCGCCGCAUCAGCAAACGCUGCUGCCACACCAUCAUCCGAAGCUGAGCACCCGCCGACCCCGACUCCAUCCACACCAAUCACUCCUCAGCAUCCCGCCUCGUUCAAUAAGGCGGGUGCCAAUACCACGACUAGCGCUCCCCAGCAGCCUACGUCCGCUCCCGCCCCUCAGCCGCUGGUGCAGCCUCCGACGGAUCAGGGCCAGCAGUUCGGCGAGCUCGGCGUUCCUGAUGUUUUCAGCCUCGAUUUCAGCGCUUUAGAGAACCCGGACAUCCUUGAGAACUUUGAUUUCGACACAUUCCUCAACACCGAUGCUGAUACGGCUGGAUUUGGAUUCGAUCCCAAUAUAUCGUAUCCCACCGACGGUGUUGAGACCGGUGCCGGGGAUGGCCUUUGA